AUUAAUGCUCUUUUUUUCCAAUAAAGUUAUUUUGAAAAAAAAUCGAGUCGCCUUCCUCGUCAUCAAUCUUUCUUCUUCACCUUUUUUUUUUCUAAACCUAAAAAAUGGAUGAUGAUGCUAUUCGCGUAAAGCAAGAGAUUCUACCGACUCCUACUUCCGUCAACGGAAUCAAACCCUCCGUAAUCGAUCUCUGCAGCAGCGACGAAGAAGACAACGACGGCAUCGGUGCUUCCAGAGCCGUCGGCGAGAAGAGAGCGCGAAGCGGUGAUAUCGAUACUCCGGCGAAGAGGGUAGCGGUAGAGGAAGGGAUUGGGCAAUCGUCGUCGAUAGUGGCUCUCCAGGCUACGCCUUGUAACGUCGUGAGGCCUUCUUCUUCCUCUUCGUCGGCACCGUCUUGCAAGCAGUUCUGGAAAGCAGGGGAUUACGAAGGAACAUCCGGUGGUCACUGGGAAGUCUCUGCAGGUGGGUUUGAUCAUGUGAGAGUACAUCCCAAGUUCUUGCAUUCUAACGCUACAAGUCACAAGUGGGCUCUUGGAGCAUUUGCUGAGCUUUUGGACAAUGCUCUAGAUGAGGUGUGGAAUGUUUUGUUUCUAUUUUUAAUAUUUUUCUAUUUGGUGGUAAUGUUUUUUUUUUUUUAUGUUUUGGUUAAUCAGGUACACAGUGGAGCUACUUAUGUUAAUGUCAACAUGCUAAACAAUAAGAAAGAUGGAAGCAGGAUGCUCUUGAUUGAAGAUAAUGGAGGUGGGAUGAAUCCUGAGAAGAUGCGACACUGCAUGUCUUUGGGAUACUCUGCCAAGAGCAAACUUGCAAACACCAUUGGACAGUAUGGCAAUGGAUUCAAGACUAGUACAAUGAGACUGGGAGCUGAUGUUAUUGUAUUCUCACGUUGCCCUGGAAAGGAUGGAGAUAGCUUUACACAGACAAUUGGGCUGUUAUCAUACACGUUUCUGAAGAGCACAGGAAAAGAGGACAUUGUUGUACCCAUGCUCGACUACGAAAGGGACGGUUCAGAAUGGAGUCCAAUAGUACGGUCUUCAGUUAGUGAUUGGAAUAAGAACGUGGAUACGAUUGUUCAAUGGUCCCCAUUCUCUACUGAAGACGAGCUUCUUUGCCAGUUCAAUCUAAUGAAGGAGCAUGGCACAAGGAUAAUCAUAUAUAACCUCUGGGAAGAUGACCAAGGACUGCUAGAACUUGACUUUGACACGGAUCCACAUGAUAUCCAACUUAGAGGGGUCAAUAGGGAUGAGAAAAGUAUCAGUAUGGCUGCUCAGUACCCUAACUCUAGACACUUCCUCACAUACAGGCAUUCACUCAGAAGUUAUGUAUCUAUUCUAUACCUGAGAGUUCCACCUGAGUUCCGUAUCAUUCUCCGAGGAAGAGAUGUUGAGCAUCACAACAUUGUGAAUGACAUGAUGCACACAAACCAAAUCACUUAUCGUCCAAAAGAAGGUCCCGGUGGACAAUCUAAUUUCUCAAAUAUGUCUGCUGUUGUGACGAUUGGAUUUGUUAAGGAUGCAAAACAUCACGUUGAUGUUCAAGGCUUCAAUGUCUACCACAAGAAUCGCCUUAUUAAGCCAUUUUGGAGGAUAUGGAAUGCAGCAGGAAGUCAAGGUCGUGGGAUCAUAGGUGUUUUGGAAGCUGAUUUCGUUGAGCCGGCUCAUGAUAAGCAAGGUUUUGAGCGUACAACAGUUUUGUCUAGACUCGAGACACGUCUUCUUGUAAUGCAGAAGAAUUAUUGGAGGUUGAACUGUCACAGAAUUGGAUAUGUUUCAGCACAUGGCAAAAAGUCCGCUAAAGACUCUGAAGACAGAGAAUCAUCACCAGAGUAUGCAGUCUCAACCAGGAAAAGAGCUGCUGCUGCAUCGUUGAGCUUUAAAACUCCAACUGCUGCAAGGACAGUUGUGAAUCGAGGAGGAAAAGGAAAAGGAUCUGUUAGAGAUUCUAAUGGGGUCGGUUCAUCAGAGAAAAGUGGUAAACAUGGAAACACCUCUUCCAAAUUUAAUGGACGAGCAAAGGCUCGAGUAGCUCCUCCAGCUGUAGAAGAUAUCAACAGUGAUGAGGACUCUGAUCACGAUCCUCCGGGUGAAGAAAAUGUCACUGAGCCUCCUGAGAAGAGCUUCGAACCACCAGCCAAGCCACGUUCUGCUGAUUCACGUACCCUCAGUCAACUAGAGCAAGAGAAUGAAACGUUAAAAGAGAGGCUAAAUAAAAAGGAAGCUGUUUACUUGCUAUUGCAAGAAGAGCUGCGACGUGAGAAAGAGCUUCGCAAAAAACUUGAAGCUGAGGUUCAAAGAACAAAAGAUGAGUUAGAAGACGUGAAGAAAGAGCAGGAGAGUUUAAUCGACAUAUUCUCAGAGGAUAGAGACAGACGCGACAAGGAGGAAGAAGAUCUCAGAAAUAAGCUAGAGGAGGCGUCAAACACGAUCCAAGCGUUGCGUGGGAGACGUUAGAGGUCUGGAACUAGCUCGGAAGGAUGUCACUGCAUGGAGGAGGAUACCAUUGACUCGUUAGGUUUUUUUUUUUUGUGGCACAGUGUUGUCUCUGACCCAACCACACCGGAGUUGGUAGAGAAGUAGGGGUAUUGUAAUAGAGUUAAAUUUCCAACAAAUACUCACACAUUGGUUAUUGCAGUCAAUGUAAGUAGGAUCAUCAAAUUGACAUUUACAAAUUGAAUUACAUUUGCUUUUGAAUUUAA